AUGGUGGAAUCGGAGCUAAGCUAUGAACAGAUUCGUUUGAACAGAGUGGAAGAGAACAAGAAGAGGAUGAAAGAGCUUAAUCUGAGAAAGCUUGCUCAAUCUAUUCGCGUCUCUUCUUCUCCCAAGCCCUCUCCAGCUAAGCCGAGGACUCUCCGUUUGCCGGUGGACUUCUCGGAGGUGAGGAGAUCAAGCCGUGCGAAGAAUCCUCCUCCGAGUUACAGAGAGAUGGGGCUAGAACCUCUGGAAAGGCCAAGAAGGAGCUAUCCAAAAAGAAAUUUGCUGAACCGGGUAUAUGCCUCAGACGAGGCAAGGAUGUAUGCAAUCGACAGGGCAGAGAAGCUUCAGUCAAGCCUAGAACCAGAAUUCCCAAGUUUUGUUAAACCAAUGCUCCACUCACAUGUGACUCAAGGAUUUUGGUUGGGCUUGCCGGUUCAUUUCUGCAAGACACAUCUGCCGAAACGUGAUGAAAUGAUCACUUUAGUUGAUGAAGAAGACGAUGAAUUUGUGACGAAAUACCUUGCUGACAAGAACGGACUUAGCGCAGGCUGGAGAGGUUUCGCCAUUGAUCAUCAGUUAGACGAUGGUGAUGCUGUUGUGUUUCACCUUAUCUCUCCAACGAUGUUCAAGGUUUAUAUCAUUAGGGUAUCUGAUGAAGCAAACAAUGAUUCAGAUGGGAAUGAAGAUAAAGAGAAUGACACUGAGUCAGACAAGGAACAAGAAGAAAGUGUUUCAGAAGCUAGGCAGUUGAGAAGCAGUGGUAAAAGGAAAAGAAGAGGCAGGAAGUAG